AUGGGCUUGUGUGACCAUUUCUCUUCAUGUGGAGAGGUCACCUAUGUUGAUACUCUUAGCCAGCGACCCUCUGAAAGACAUGCUGCGGUUUGUAUUAUUGGACAAGGAUGUGUAGAGAAGGCGAAGGAACGAAGUGAACGUAACGCACAAGGAUGGAAUAUUGUAGUUGAUUUUGUUCCCUCCUUACGUGGCCCCGAGAAAAGAAAGCCUACCGGCUGUAAUCCAUUUACUGUACGUGCGAAGAUGGACAACGCUAAGAAGGCUAAGAUGGAGAAGAUGGAGAAGAAGAAGAACACUACGGAGUAG